UAUUCAAACAUUAUCCUCUCCCUCUCUCCUCUCUCUAUAUAUAUUUAUUCAUACAUAUUGUGUCUCUCUUCACAAGAGUAUCGAUUUAUCUCUCUCACCCUACAGUCUCUCUCCCCUCUCUCUGUAUGUAAGACCCCAACCUGCAUUUCUCUCUCCUAAAACUAAAAACUAAACCCCAAAAAACACUGCAAAUGAAUCCAGAAUCCGAGCAAAUCCACCAUGAAAACUCCACCCCUGAAGAAACCCUAACUCACAGCAGGUUCACAGGAGGCACAGAGAACAGUUGGUGCAGAGCAGUAAUGGGAGGAACAGGGAUUACAGUCCUCUCUCUUCUUCUCUCUAAACCUAUGGACCCGACCAUUAUACAAGAAACCCUGCAAACGAUCAUGACCCAAAGCCCUCUUCUUCGACACAAGUUAGUAUGGGAGAGCAACUCCAAAAACCCAUCGUUUUCUCUCUCUUCAAACCCAUCUCCCAAUUUCGAAAUCAUCGAUACUUCUCCGACUCUGAAGCUCUUAGGAGUGCUUUCAGACCAAACGCAUUUGGGGAAUUUCAUUGGAGAUGCAUUUCACUGUCUUUUGGAGCAUGAAUUGAACAGAAACUCAUGGUGUGAUGGGUUAAAUGAAAAACCAAUGAAUAUGUUCUUUGUUACUCUGUAUUUUCUUGGUGGCUCUCACUCCAUUCUCUCUCUAAGAUUGCACACUGCAAUUUGUGACAGAGCAUCAGCUGUUUGUAUACUUAGAAAGAUUUUGAGAUUGGUUUAUGAGAGAGAAAGUGGGGUUAUUGGAGCUUCUGAAACAGGGGAUGUAGUUCAUGAAGGGAUAGAGGAUUUGAUUCCAAAAGGGAAAGCUGAUAAACCAUUUUGGGCUCAUGGUAUUGAUCUUUUGGGUUAUUCAUUGGGAUCAAAGAGAUUAACAAAUAUACAGUUUCAGGAAACCAAAUUGCCUCGUAGUUCUCAGAUGAUCAGAUUGCAGAUGGGUUAUGAAGAAACAGGGCGUCUUUUGGCUGAAUGUAGAAGAAAGGGAGUGAAGCUUUGUGGAGCCAUAGCUGCAGCUGGUUUGAUGGCGGUUUCUCUCUCUAAACAGCUUCACAAUCAGUGUGAGAAUUAUGCUAUUGUUACUCUGAUUGAUUGCAGAAAGAUGCUGGAACCUGCUCUACAUGAUGACAAUCUCGGAUUCUAUCACUCUGCGAUCAUGAACACAAUCUCCAUAAAUGGCGAAGAAGAUCUAUGGCAACUUGCUAAUCGAUUCAAGGAGGCACUAAAUGGCACGAUUUCGCGUAAUAAGCAUUUUACAGAUAUGUCUGAUGUUAACUAUCUCAUGUGUAAGGCAAUCUCAUGUCCUGCUUUCACUCCCUAUUCUUCUUUGAGGACCUCUUUCAUGGUUGUGUUUGAAGACACAUUGAUGGAUGAUACACAAGAUCUGCAGGAGGAAUUAGGGGUGCUAGACUAUGUUGGUUGCUCUUCUGUUCAUGGAGUGGGGCCAUCCAUUGCUGUUUUCGACACGGUAAGAAAUGGCCAACUCGAUUGUGCUUGCGUUUAUCCUUCGCCUCUUCAUUCAAGAAAGCAGAUGCACGGAUUGAUCGAAAACAUGAAGAACAUCCUUACUGGUGCCAGUGGUUGAUCUUACCUCCAUGUUAAUUUCUUUAUCUAGAAUCCUUUGCUCUUUCUUUUUCAUCCACCCGUCUUUGAUUCUCUUUCUGAUGUUUUUAUUACUGUUGCUCUUGUGGUUCCAUGAAGAGUGAGCAACAGCUAUCCGAAACUGAGAGUCAUUAUGAUCAUUAACAUGGUUAAGAGCCAUGUAGAUCCAUUAACAUAGUUGAGAGAUAUAAAUCUCUAGAUUUUCAA